UGUUCUCAGCACUUUGAUGUCCCACUCGUCCGGGGCCCAGAUCACGUGAUCACGCGUUCGUUGCCAUCACCACACCCACACAGUACCACGUGAGCUCUCGCUGGCGCCUAAAUUUAAACUAAACUGGCGGCCGCCAUUUUAAAGCAAUGUUUACAGUGAUAAAGUGAAAAGUUAUUACUUUAAUCAGAAAAGGACUUUGGUUGUAUUCCUAUACAUAUAUAAAGAGGCAGGGAAAUGCCUCCAACUGGGAAAGGAGAUGCUAUGGAUAUGCCUACUGCUCAGUUACCAAGUGCUGAAGGUGAUUCUAUCAAGGUCUAUGUAAGAGUGCGACCACCAGCAAAGAACACAGAAUUGUUUACAGAUGGAGAUCAAGGACUGUGUUUGGCAGUUACCUCAUCAACUACUAUUCGUCUUAAUUCAAAACCUGAUGCCAGGAUCUUCACAUACGAUCAUGUGGCUGAUGUGGACACUACCCAGGAAGCAGUGUUUUCAGCUGUGGCUCGGGGCAUUAUUGAGUCCUGCAUGAACGGAUACAAUGGUACAAUUUUUGCCUAUGGACAAACUGGUUCAGGAAAGACAUUCACAAUGUUAGGUCCAUCUGAUGAUUCUGAUAACUUCACUCAUAAUUUAAGAGGUGUAAUUCCUCGCAGUUUUGAAUACCUCUUUUAUUUAAUCAGUCGGGAAAAGGAAAAGACUGGUGAAGGCAAGGAUUUUCUGUGCAAGUGCUCCUUCAUUGAGAUUUACAACGAACAAAUAUUUGAUCUGUUAGACCCUGCUUCAACAGGCUUAUUUCUUCGAGAAAAUAUAAAAACUGGUGUCUUUGUGGAAGGGGUAGUCGAACAAGUUGUAACUUCAGCAGCUGAGGCCUAUCAGGUGUUAUCCAUGGGUUGGCGCAACAGAAGUGUAGCUUCCACUUCAAUGAACCGAGAAUCAUCACGGUCUCAUGCUGUCUUCUCAGUUACAAUACAGUCAAAGGAAAAGAUCAACAACCUAGUUAACAUCCGAACAUCGCAGUUGAAUCUAGUUGAUUUGGCAGGGUCAGAACGACAAAAAGAUACACAUGCUGAAGGGCUUCGGUUAAAGGAGGCAAGUAGUAUAAACCGAUCACUGAGUUGUCUGGGACAUGUUAUUAUGGGCCUUGUUGAUCUUGCUAAUGGGAAAAGCCGACACAUCUGUUACCGAGAUUCUAAACUGACAUUCUUGCUGAGGGACUCUCUUGGAGGAAAUGCGAAGACUUAUAUUAUUGCAAAUGUUCAUCCUGGGUCACGAUGUUUCGGUGAAACACUCUCCACCCUUCAGUUUGCUCGUAGAGCUAAGCUAAUCAAAAAUAAAGCCAUAGUAAAUGAAGAUACUCAAGGCAACAUUCCCCAGCUACAGGCAGAAAUCAAGAAGCUGAAAGAACAGCUUUCUGAGCUGUCUAAAGGACAAAUGUCACAGUGGGUAGAGGUUAAGAGAGAUGCUGAUUCUGUGGAGAAAAAUGGAGUAGAUGACAGUGAAUGGAAGAAUCGCUUUUUGGAAGCCAUGCUUCUUUUGGAGAAUAGUGAAAGUCAAAACCAGAACCUGAAAGAAAAAAUUGGUCAACUUAAAGAUGUGUGCACCAAAAAGGAAAAGAUACUUCAAUCAAACAAGAUGAUUGUGAAGUUCAGAGAAACCAGCAUAGCACGUUUGGAAAAGGUCCUGAAGGAAUCCCAAGACACCCUACCUCCUGAUGAAAAGGAUGCAGUAAUCAUUGAGCUGAGGGAAGAAAUUCAAGCUUUAAAAGAGCAGAUUGAACAAGACCCUCGGGUUGCCAGUUAUGCAAUGGAGAAUCGUGCAUUGCGGGAAGAAAACAAGUACUUAAACUCCUUGGACAGAGUGAAACGUGCUAAGGAAAUUACUUCCUGCAUGGCAGCAGAAUUAGAAAGGGCAUUUUUGCAAGCAUCUACUUCUGAUAAAAAUCCUGGAGGUCAGACCUUGUACCAGUCACCUAUCAAAGUUGAAAACGUUUCUACAGUAUCACAAGAGAGGCUUAAAGCUCGACUUCUACAAGCUCAGAAUGACAUAUCUUCUGUAAAACAGGAAUAUGAAGAGUUUCAGGAGCUGACUAAGAAGCGACAGAUGGAAUUGGAAUCAGAGGUUCACACCCUUCAAAAGGCCAACCAGCAUCUAGAAAAUAUUUUGGAGGCAACAAAGGCUCUCACACGUCAGGAAGUCUCCCAGCUAAAUAAGAUGCAUGUUGAGACAAUAAAGAAUUUGACCACUCCAACAAAGUCUAUUUACAAUCUACGAUCUCGAAUGAUUCUGCGAAUGAGUCCUGAAGGAACGCCUGGUCUCUGCACAGAAAUGGAGCCAGGGACUCCAGAAGGUGAUAUUAUGAAUGAGCCUUUGCCACCUGAAAUGAAUGAACAGGCUUAUGAAGCGAUUGCUGAAGAGCUUCGAAUGGUGCAGGAACAAUUGUCUAAUCUGCAGACUAAACUGGAUGAAGCAGAGACCAAAAAUGUAAAACUUCAACAGAACAUUGACAAAUUAGAACAUCAUUCUGCUCAAAUGAAUGAGCUCAUCAUAUCUGAACGGAAUGAUAGGAACAAGGACCAACAGGAGCUGAUUAUGAAGAAUGCACUUUUUGAGAAAGAGCUACAGGAUUGUCAGAAUAAAAAUGAGAUAUUACAGAGUGAAGUAAAUGACUUGCGUGUUGUGCUGCAUUCAGCUGACAAAGAACUUACCACUGUAAAGGAAGAAUACAGUUCCUACAGAGUUAAGCAAGAUGCAGAACAUAGUCAUCUUUCUGAGCAGUUCAUUAAUAUCCAGUUACAGCUGGAUAAAAUCAGGCUGGAACAUGAGAAAAUUCUGGAAGAGAAGAGGUCUCUCCAAGACACUUAUGAUAACCUACAGGAAGUUAUGGAGUUUAAGGCAUAUGAAACUGAUCAUCUGCAGGAGAAUCUAGAACAGAUGAAGGUAGAAAAUGGAGAGUUACGAACUGAAAUUUGUUCUUUAAUGGAGCAUUUAGAGACAGAAAAAGAACGAACUCAAAAACUUGCUUCGCAACUUCAACAAGACAUUGAAAAUAACUCUAAGGAGCUUUUAAAGGCUUUAGAUGAAAACGAUCUGCUGAAACACCAGUUAUCUGGUCUGAUGUUGAAGACUGAACAACAGGCUACGGAACUGAAAAAUAAGGAGCAGAGCCUGGAUGAUGCAAAAAAGACAAUCGCUGAUCGAGAGAAGAAGAAUGCUGCUGACCAGGAAGUAGUAACAGUCCUGAUGAAUCAAAUACAGGAAAUGAGAGUUUCAUGUAGUCAGAAAACAGAAGCUGUAUCUCACUUGACUCAAGAAUUGGAGGAUAUCAAGUUAAAGUACAAUGCUGCUCUGGUUGCUAAGGAGGAAAACAAAGCCUCUAUUGAAAGAAAGGAGAAAGAAAUCUUGGAGAUGAAAGAGGUUGUAGAGAGAAAGGAGAAUUCAUGCAAUGUGCAGAUGGAGAUGCUUUGUGAAGAUUUGACCAAUGCCACUCAACAGCUUGAUCAGCUGACUGAGGACUCCAAAAAACAGGCAACAAUAUUGCAGAUAAUGCAAGAAGAAGCAGAGAAAAAUGCAGUGACUAUUAAAGAACUUCAUGAUCAGCUGAAGGUGAAAGAUGCUGAAAUUCAAGCAACAAAAAGUACAUACGAACAGAAACUUCAGCAGAUUGAGUCCUUCAGGGACAUUUCUGCUAACAAGCCACAGAGUCCAAGGACACCUUGUAUUUUCCAUAUAGAUCCUGUUAGAUCUUUUGAGUCACAACAAGAGAAACUAGAUGAUCGAAGGGCAUCCGAAGCCACCUUAAAACUGUUAUUGAGUGAGAUGGAAGCAGAAAGAUCAGCCAAGAACGAACAAAUUCUACAACUCAAGAGCCAGUUAUGUGAAGCAAAGAAUCUGCGUUUGGAAAUGGAUGCUUUGGAGAGAUACUGUCGGAAUUUGGAAAGCUCUCUAGAAAAAGCACAAAACGGAGGUGAUGUAACCAACCAGGAGAAUCUAAACGAUGUUGAGAAGAAAUUCAAAGAAGAAAUGAAGGCUAAGGAAGCAGCGUUACAAAAGCUAGCCAUUGUGGAAACUGAACUAACCGAGAAAAGAUCAACACUAGAAACUAUUCAGUCGUCAAUUAAAGGGUUCCAGGAAGAAGUGGAGCGGACCAGAAGUUUAGAAGCAAAAGCUUUCACUGAUAAAGAAGAGUUUCGGUCAGCACUCGAAUCUGCUUGUGAAGAGAAAGAGAAACUUAUUUGGGAGGUUGAAACUCUUAGGGAACAAGUGGCCAGCCUGACUGAAGAGAAUGGCAAAUUAGUUGGACAUCAGAACUUGCAACAAAAAAUACAGCAUUUGGUUAAAGUCAAGAAGGAAAAUGUUCGUCUUCUCGAGGAAGUAAACAUGCUGAAAUUGGAGAACAUGAAACUGAAAGAACUUAAGAAGAAUGAUCCAGAUGAAUUUCCUUUGCUUGAGAAUUGUGUAAAUAAUGUGUAAAUGUUAUUUUUCUAUUUUGAGUUCUAGUGGACCAUAUCAAACUUGAUUUUUUAAAAAUCUGUCAACAGCAAUCUGAUUUGAAGUACCAUAUCAUAUUGUCCUUAUGAAAAGCUGAGUUGAAAUUGAUUAAGUAAUGAUUGUUGUGAACUUCAUACUUGGGUGUAGUUGCCUCCCAGAGGUUUUUUUUAAACUGUUAACUUCAAUUAGUAAUUGUUGAAAUAUCUCUGAAGUCUCAACCUUUAGCUCUGUCUGCAUAUCCAAUGAACAGUUCAUUGUAAAUUUUGCCACCAUUAGAUUGUCAUGAGCUAUUCUUUAUUUAGAAUUGGUACCAAAACUCACCAAAACUUAUUGUAAUUUUUACUUUUAUGCAUCUUUACAUGUUAAUGGAUUUUUCUUUUGAUUUGAGAGGAGAGAUGUUAAACUUGCAUAGUAGAUUUCGAUCAAAUCAAAGUAAAGUCAAAGUCAAACUUGCAGUCCGGACUCGGCAAACAAUCAAAAUCAAAUUUAUCAGGGAGUCACUGCAGUAACCUCUGUAACCUUCCAUCCUCCUACUUCUGUGAUAAUUUUCAGAUUGUUGCAGUGCUCCAACUUGCAAGUCCUGAAUUUUCAGUAUAGUUUUACUGACUUCUGACAUAAGCAAAUACACUGUUUUACUGGGCAUGCCUGGUUUUCCCUGUAUUUCACUCUAUUUCUCCUCCUGAAAAUGAUAGGUGCAAGUGUAUAAUUAUGAGAGUUAGUAGCUCUCCAUAACCCUGGAUAGGUGUCUGAUAUCUGAGCGUGUGGGAAAGUUCUGCCUAAAUUUAUAGAUGGCAGUCUAGGAUAGAAAGUCUGUUUCCUUUCCUCUUUCCUCCUAUUGCUCAAAAUCCAAGAAUUUAAUGCUAAUUAAAGCACCCUGUUUUGAACCUGUUUGGGACCUACUAAUUUUCAUAAAUUAAUAAAUCAGAAUAGUAAGAUGCUGAGAAUUAAUAUUCCUGAAGCAGAAAGUAUGUAUAUGUAGUUCAAUAUUAUUGUGUAAAAAUGUUAAAACAAUGUGAGGUUAUUAUCGUGCUGUCAUUUUGGGAACUGAUGACAGACAAAAAUGCCUUCUACCUCUUACAGAAACAAACAAGUAAUUAUGUGAACUAACUGAUGCAUUGUUCGCCUCCAUCAGAUAAAUUUAAAUGAGCAAAAGGUUUAAUAGCAUAUUUCAUAACAUUUCUCAUUCCAUGCAAUGUGGAGCCAGGAACAGCUAUUUUUUUUAUGAAUCGCUUAAGUCAGAUGUACAUGCAUCUACCCAAUUGAUUUUGCCCUAAGUUUAGUAUUGUGGUUAUACUAUCUGUGGGAGCAAUGCCAAAUAGAGCCAAGCACUUCUGAUGAUGGAGAAGGGAAGCAAGAGUGUGAUUCAUGUUUGCUGCCUGGUUGGUAUUUGUUAGUAGGUGAAACAAAAACAAAGCACAUUAUUGUUAAGUACUUAGAGGAGUAAUAGAGCAUUGUAUGUUAGCGAAUCUUAAGAUUUGUGGCUAACUUACAUACUUAACAUUGUAUGUACUUACGGGAAAAGAAAGAGACGCACAUUUCAACACAUUGCCAAUGAAAUAUGACCAAUCUGAAUGCAAUAAAAUUAUAUUGAUUCCUUUUUUUUUAAAAAAUGAACUUCUGAAAUGAAAUUUUCUUGUAUUUUUAAAGGAAUAAUGAUGAGUAUGGCUGUAAUGUGUCUUUGCGUUUGCAAGUCGGAUGUCUGCGUUUUGGCCUGGCAAGCAAAUUUGGGCAAGAACUGAAAUCAACAAUAGCUCAGUUAUUUUGUUUUAAAAUAUGUUAAAUUGUGCCAUUAAUGGUGCAAGGCUAUUGGAAUAAUUUGUGACUGAUGUAAGAUGCUAGAUUCUAAACAGUGUUGAUGAACAUUGAAAGGGAUCCAGUUUCUGCAAAGACUUCUAAAUGGAAUAAAAAAGAAGCAGUCUGAGUGUACUAAGUCUAGCAAUUCACCAUUUUUAUUAAUCACACAAUGUAAAUAAAAUGGCAGCUCAAACUGUAAAUGAGUUUUAUAAGUUAUGUACCUUGUCUUUUGUUUGUUGUGUCCAACUGAAUGGAGUUUGUAUGUAGAAUUAAUUUUUGCUAUUGUAAUGGACUAGACCAGACCACUCAAAACAUUCUUAAUCAGGCAGCCCAUAACUUUGCAAUUUGUUUCAGUAAGUGUACAGUGAUACUUGCCAAGAGUAAGUAGCUGGGUUGAUUACCAGGUUUUAAAACAGAGAAAAAUUAUGGAAUGAAACACAAGAACAGAAUAAAGUACA